GGGCUCUAAUGGGAGGGAGUGAGUGAGUGUUCGCGCAGGCAGGCAGGCAAGGCAGGCAGCACCACUCCGGUGCUUAUUCGGUCGUCGCAUAGCUCGGUAGAGGCGGGAUGCUCUGCUCACCCGAGCGUUGUCUGUCUUCUAGCAAUCCCAUGCGAUCACUCACCUCAUAGUCGUCGCGGCGCGUCACCCUCCGACACCGCGCGUUGUCAUUGUAGUGUGGGAUCCUCUCUUCUGCUCGUUGCACCUGCACCGACGCCGUGCGCUCAUUUUCGCCCAUUUCACCAGGCUCUUUUCGUUUUCUAUCUCUCUUGUCCUGCGUGGCUGUGGCCAUGGCUUCGCUCUGCGUACCCUGUCCCUCUUCGCAAUUGGCCUCUAUUUCUACUCCUCUCGCUCGUCGUAAGUCGGCUCUAGCUUCGCGCGCUGGCGAUGUCUUCCGACCUCAUUCGCGACUUUCCUCUGCUCCCUUGCUUCGUUUGAGCUCAGGCCGUUGUCCUGUGCUGGUUGUCAGAGCUUCUGCGAUGGAUACGGCCAGCUCCAGCAAUGAUGAAGAUGAAGCCGACAAUGAGGUUACGCUUUUGGAUUAUGGAGCAGGGAAUGUGCGAAGCAUCCGGAAUGCCAUUCAUCUACUUGGCUUUAAGAUUCGUGAGGUGAACGGACCAGAAGAUAUCCAAAACGCUAAGCGGUUGGUUUUUCCAGGUGUCGGCUCCUUCAAAUCUGCCAUGGAGGUGUUAAAAGCAAAAGGGAUGACGGAGUCCCUUGUAUCUUACAUCAAGCAAGAUAGGCCGUUUCUCGGUAUCUGCCUAGGAUUGCAGCUCUUGUUCGAGCGCAGCGAAGAGGGCGAUAGUGAUGGUCUUGGCAUCAUACCUGGUGUGGUUGCACGCUUUGACUCUUCAACAGGACUUUGUGUGCCUCACAUUGGAUGGAACGGACUGCAGCUACAGCAACCCUCUGCGUCUUUGUUAGAAGGUGUAAAUGGUCGUCAUGUGUACUUUGUGCACUCAUAUCGAGCAACUCCUACUGUCGAGAACAAGGAUUGGGUUUUAGCAACAUGCAAUUAUGGGGUCGACUUCAUCUCAGCUGUUCGAAAAGGCAAUGUUUACGCAGUCCAAUUCCAUCCAGAGAAAAGUGGUGUUGUAGGACUAGACAUUGUUCGACGAUUUCUUGGAGGGAAUCACUCUGAUGCUGCACAGGAUGUUGAACGCCUGUCCAAAGAACGUAUCCACAAGCCAGCCUCUUCACUUGCAAAACGGGUUAUUGCAUGUCUUGAUGUUCGAAGUAACGACUCAGGGGACCUUGUUGUGACUAAAGGUGAUCAGUAUGAUGUACGAGAACAAUCUUCAGCACGUGAGGUCCGCAAUCUAGGAAAACCCGUGGAACUUGCAGGGCGCUAUUUCAAAGAAGGGGCUGAUGAAGUUACUUUUCUAAACAUUACUGGUUUUCGAGACUUUCCACUAGGAGAUAUGCCGAUGCUGGAGGUGUUGCAACGAACUUCAGAGCAAGUCUUUGUGCCUCUUACAGUAGGUGGUGGGAUCUCCGACUUCACUGAUGCCAAUGGCAGAUUUUAUUCAUGCCUAGAAGUGGCUUCAGAGUACUUCAGAUCUGGAGCUGACAAGAUAUCUAUUGGAAGUGAUGCUGUUUAUGCUGCUGAGGAGUAUCUCCGCUCAGGGGUCAAAACGGGAAAGAGCAGCUUGGAGCAGAUUUCAUAUGUCUACGGAAACCAGGCUGUGGUUGUCAGUAUAGAUCCAGUAAGAGUGUACGUUAAAGAUCCUUCAGAAGUACCUUAUAAGACUAUUGAAGUCCAGGAGCCCGGACCUAAUGGAGAGAAGUUCGCUUGGUAUCAGUGCACGGUCAGGGGUGGCCGCGACAGGAGACCUAUAGGAGCAUAUGAGCUUGCCAAAGCAGUUCAAGAUCUUGGUGCUGGGGAAAUUCUCUUGAACUGCAUCAAUUGUGACGGCCAAGGGCAAGGAUUCGACAUCAACCUUGUGAAGCUUGUAUCGGACGCUGUUACGAUCCCAGUAAUUGCAAGCAGCGGUGCAGGCUGUCCGGAGCACUUUUCAGAGGUCUUUCAUCGAACUAGAGCUUCAGCUGCGUUGGCUGCUGGGAUUUUUCACAGAAAGGAGGUGGAAAUAUCAUCCGUGAAGGAACAUUUGGUCACAUCAGGUGUUGAAACAAGACUCUUGUAACAGUAGCAUUCAGCGUCCGUAUGCAGUCUGGCCUCCCAUUCCAAGCGAGUUCUGCUGCACAUUUCUUGCUUCUCCUCACCGAUUGCGCGACAGACAAACAUUGGGCUUCCGAGAGGUCAUUGAAAAAUUACUUGUAGGGCUAUCUUUUGCCCUGGGAUUCCGUCAAUCAUGUUAGCUUUAUUUUAUCCCAAUAGCCACUCCAAAAGGAUCAGUAUUUCUUCCAAGCAUCGUGACGCUGAUGUAGUUUCCAUCUUAUCAAGUUGACCUAUCCGUGAAGACUUGUAUUAAUGCAAUGGGAAUAUAGUCACAAUUACGAGCGUUUCGGAAGCUUUCUUA